GCGCUCUCGCCACCCACCGACACCUCCAUAUCGAAGCCCUUUCGGGAGCAGGAAAGAGGCGGGGGGCGUGGCUUCCCGACCCGGGCCCCGCCCCUUUCGAAUCCUGCAACAUUGUAGCCGCUCACGCGGAGGCUCCCGGCUUCCCCCCUCCCCCGGUAGGAACGAAACGGCGGUGGGGGGGGGAGGAAAAGGGGGGGGUGUACUCUGGGAGGGGGGAGCCCCCAAAAGAAGAUCACCCAAUGUCUCAUUUAUUUAUUUUAAAUUGGGCGGCGGGGGAGGUGUCCCUAUAGGACUCUGGAUUGGGGGGGGGAUUCCAGCAGGGGUUUUUUUGGGGGGGGGGGUGAUCAGGAAUUCCUAUGGGGGGAAGUCCCAGGAGGCCUGUAAGCCCCCCCUAAAAAAAACCUGGGUCGUCUUCUUAUCAUGCGAUUUCACGUAAUUUUGUUUCCAAAUGCCCCCCCCCCAUGGAAAACGUUUAUUUAGAGGUCCUACUUUUUGGGGGGGUGAUCAGGCAUUCCUCAGGGGGGGAGUCCCAGGAGGCCUGUAAGCCCCCCCCAAAAAAAACCCUGGAUCGUCUUAUCAUGUGAUUUCACGUAAUUUUGUUUCCAAAUGCGCCCCCCCCCCCCAUGGAAAACGUUUAUUUAGAGGUCGUGCUUUUCUGCAAGGCGCCUGGCUCUCCAAAAUGCCCCCCUCCCGUUAAUGGAGACACUAUUGGGAAUUAAGACCCCAAUUAUUAUUAUUAUUAUUAUUAUUAUCAUCAUUAUUAAUCUUGCACCGAUUUAUCAGUGUGUGUGUCUUUUUGCAAAUCCGUUUCUGUGGUUUCCCCAUCUCUCUUCCCCCAUCGCUUCCUCUCCUCUCUCUCCACCUUGAAAGCUCUUUCUAAAAGCACCCCCCCUUCCCCAGAUCGCUGACACCUCCCUCUAGGAUCCAGGGAACCCCUCCAUGGCCCACCUGUUUGAAGAAGAUCGAAAAAAAGGUUUUCUGGGAGCAGACUGAGGGGUGAGUACCUCCCAGGUGGAAUACCAGUAGCAAAGGCAUCCAGGAAUUCCCAAUUUCUCAGGUGGAUCUGCAGAACCCCAAGGGGUUUGCAGGGGAAGAGAAAACCCAGCAGUGUUCGGGUCUGGAAUUCUGCUGGUGGGUGGCGGCAGACUCUGCACGUGCUCAGAGGUACCCUUGUUUUUGCAUAUUUAUUUAUUUGGCGGCAGGCACGGUUUUCGCUGCUCUCCGUUUUAUCCUCACGACAACCCUGUGAAGUAGGUUGGGCCGAGAGGAUGGCCCAAGGUCAUCUUUGGAGGGAUUUGAAUUCUAGUCUUCCUGGUCCUAUUCUGACACGCUAAACCCAGAUGGGAUUACUUACUGGGUGCUAAGAGGCAUGGCGGGCUGGUCUCAGGGGAUCAAGUUCAUCAGCUUUGUUCAGUUGAACUAAAUGGCUCCAACAGGACUGGAAUAAAUAUGCAAUUAAUUUGGAUUUUAUUGUUAUCUGCCUUAGUGGGUCAAGCAAGCCACUGUUCUGAAUAAUGCUUUUUUGUAGGGUAGGGGGGCACUGGGGAUGACCGGAAAAGUCUGCGACCAGAAGGAGGAGGAGUAUCAGGAAGAAUGGAUGAAAUUUAAAGACUAUUUAGCUAAAUAUGUCAAGAUAACUUAAUUGGAAAAUUUUGCAAAUAAUAGAUAGGCUUAGGAUUUAAAUAUGUAAGGAUAAGACUUAAGAUGUUUAAAGCUAAAUUAAAAAGAAUGAAAGAUGUUAAGUCAUCAAGGUAAUUUUUUGAGAAAAUCAAUUUGGGAAAACUGUUAAAAUGAUAUAGAAUGAAAUUCAUCCAAGGGGAUUUGAGGAAGUCACUUAAUAAUGUUACCAAGAUUUAAACAGGAUGUAUGUAUGUUUGUUUGUCUGUAUGUUUGUUUGUUUUGAAUUUUUGAAAAUUAAUAAAAAAAAUUGGAAAAAAACAAAAAAAAAGUUUGGUAACUACUGCUCUAACCACUGCACCACAUUGCCUCUCUUGCAUGUGGGAAUCUAGAGAUCAGAUGCUUCCCAGUCCUUCUAAUGAUGCCUGGGGGGAGCAGAAAAUAAUUUAAUCUCGUGCCAGGAAAAAGUUGAAUGGAUGUUAUUGGAAGAAGCUGCUUGAGCAAUAAUUAGGAAAUCUAAGCUUCAGUCAUAAUUAGGGUUUUCUUUUCCCCCGGACCGUCUCCCUCGCUCCCUAAGCAGGAUCCAUGCUGGGCUCGGUCGUGGUUCACCCUGAAGCCCCAGACGGAGGCUGGGGGUGGAUUAUCGUCCUCUCGGCCUUCCUCCAAUCCGCGUUGGUCUUUGGCGUGAUCCGUUCCUUCGGCGUCUUCUUUGUGGAGUUUGUGACGUACUUUGAUGAGCUUUCCGGGCGGAUCUCCUGGAUCACCUCGAUUGGGAUCGCGGUGCAACAGUUUGCGAGUGAGUGGAAUGGCGGCGGGUGUGUUUGUUUGUGGGACACGUGCUAUGGGCUGCCUGCCUGCGCUCGGCGCGAAAUCCUUGCCCCACGUGCGCUGGGAAACCGCCUUCCGCGUCCUUCCUCGCCAUUGGCCGGGGUGCUGUGACGUCACGGAAGCGCUCGCGAACAUUCUGCAGCUCAGGCAGAAGGACUGAAAGAUCAGAAACUGGUCCUAAUAUAUCUAUUAAAAAUAAAUAUUAUAAUAAUUAAUACAUGGUGCUAUGGGGGGGGGUCUGCUCCAUAUUUCUGAAUUGCAAUGGGGUUGGGCCAGAUGACCCUUUGGGUCCCACUCCUUCCAACCCUGCAAUUCUGUGAUUCUAAUAGCCCAUAGCAGCGCCGGGUGCGAAUUCCUGUUCAGAACUGGGGAAGGAAGAUUCUGCUCCUUGCAUCAGCAAUGCAGUGACCGGCAUCCCUUUCUCUUCCUUGGCAGGUCCGGUGGGCAGCGCUUUGAGCUCUCGCUAUGGGGCCCGCCCUGUCAUCAUGGCCGGCGGGUUUUUCUCGGGCCUGGGCUUCCUGCUGGCCUCCUUUGCCACCUGCCUGGCUCACCUGUACCUCUGCAUCGGACUCCUCUCAGGUGCGUCGAAACUGCGUGACCUGCAUUGCUAUCGUUUGCAAGAAACCAAUCUUUCAGUGUGGACUUUGGAACUCCUUGCCUCUUGACACCAGGCAAGGUCCCUUCAAAGUGCUCUUUUCGGCACCUGCUAAAAACACCUCCAGCGGUGCAAUGGGUCUCUGGCUGUUAACCUUGAGCCCACCCAAGGGGCAGGAUUCCUGCAUUGUAGGGGGUUGGACUAGAUGACCCUCAGGGGUCCCUUCCAUCUCUACAUUUGUAUGAGUCUUGCUUAGGCAAGGCCUGUCCCCGAUGCUUACAAAGCCGAUGCAAUUUUUAAUCUUUUUUUUUAGCAUUUUUUCCAACUUUUCAAAAGUCCUUCAUUUUUCCUAUUGAUAAAUUUAUUGUUUUAUCACUUUUGCAAACCACCUUGGGGUCUUUAAAUGACCAAACAGCAUCUAAAUGUCAUGAAAUAACAAAUAAUCAACGUACAAAUCUGCUUGCCCCCCCAAACUAUCCACUCUUGUGGUGGUUUUACCCUGACUCUGCAACUGCAAUGUGUUAGUUUUCCAUCUUUUUUCUUGACAGGCAUAAUUAUUAUUUUUUGGCUUCCAAGAUCUCAAUAUAUUUAUUUGGCGGUCCUUUUUUUUUUAGCAAAGGCUGCGGUAACAGAGAGAUGAGGGGAGGAGAGCGUUGGUGGGAGAGAGCCAGUCUUUGAAGAAAAUGGCCGCCAUUUUUUAAAGGCAGCCUCCUCUGAGCCAAUGCCCUCCAGAUGUUGCGAACCACAGCAGAUACCCUCCAGAUGUUUCGGUCCAAAAUGUUUCGGUCCGAAACAUCUGGAGGGCACCAGCCCAGAGAAGGAGAAGCCAUAUAUCCAAGGGGAUACUUGGAUAUCUGAGGAAGAAGCAAAGUCAGGCUCUAGUUCAAGAUGGCUGCCGUUCCCCUGAGGAAAUAGCCAUGAUACACAAUGGGUUAUUUGUUCAUUUUAGAUUUAUGCGUUGGUUUUGCAAACUCCUUUUUUCUCUUCCAGUUUUUUUCAUUAAUUUUCCAAAUUUAUAACAAACAGAUAAGAAAAAGAAAAUCCAAACAAACAAACAAACAAACAGUUAUCCUGAUUAUAAUAAUUCCACUUUUGUUAACAUUGUUAGGUGACUUCCUCGAAUCCCCCUGGCUGAGUUUCCAUAUAAAUCAUUGCAAUAGUUUUCCAAAACUAUUUCCCCAUAAAAUUUACUUGGUCAAUGAACAUCUUACUUUCUUUUCAUUUUUAACUUUAACGUAAUAUUUUGCACAUCACAUUUUCAAAUCCUAGGCCUGUUUGGUACUCGCAAGUAAUUCUAAUUAUAUUAUCUUAAGAUAUUUAGCUAAAUAGUCUUUGAAUUUCUUCCACUCCUCUUGGUGCUCAUCCUCCCUCUGGUCACAGAUUUUUCCGGCUAGCUCCGAAAAGUCCAUCAUCUUCAUCUGCCAUUCCUCCACCGUUGGGACUUCUUGUAAUUUCCAAUUUUUGGCCAGCAAAAUUCUAGCAGCUGUUGUGGCAUACAAAAACAUAUUUUCUGAGUAAUUCCAAACCUAUUAUUCCAAGUAGAAAGGCUUCUGGUUUCUUAAUAAAUGUAUAUUUCAACGUUUUUUCCCAAUUCAUUGUAUAUCUUUUCCCAGAAGUCUUGCACCUUGGGGCAGCUCCACCACAUAUGAUAAAAAGUACCUUCUUUUUCUUUACAUUUCCAACAUAGGUUAUCGGUCUUAUGGUAAAUCUUUGCUAAUUUUACAGGGGUUAAGUACCAUCGAUACAUCAUUUUCAUAAUGUUUUCUUUUAAUGCAGUACAUGCAGUGAACUUAACCCCUUUCCUCCACAACCUUUCCCAGUCUUCAGACAUUAUAUUAUGUCCAACAUCUCUUGCCCAAUCUAUCAUCACAGAUUUAAUUUGUUCGUCCUUUGUAUGCCGCUCCAACAUGGUUUUGCAAACUUCAGCAAACACGGACAUGGUAUAAGUUAAAAUUCCUGAGGGCGGCUAACUGAGGGAAGGGUUAGGCCUCAUUUUAGCUUAAUGGUUGCCAUCAAUUUGAUUUUAAUUGGGAAUCUGGUGCUAAGCUAGACAGUCGCCAUUUUGUCUUGAUCCCGGCAGCCAUUUUUGGCCUGAUCCUUGUGUUCUUUGGGGGAUCUCCGUGCCUCCCUUUCUGCGUUUCGUUCUGGUCGCCUCGCCUCAGAAAGGGUAUCGAGUCGAGUUGGGGAAAGGAAGGGUCCAGAAAUGUUUAUAGAAAAGAUGGAGAUUGCAGCUAGAGAAAAGCCUUUUUCCUCUGUUGAUCUCUCUUUUUUUCUUUUUUUUUAAAUAAUAAUAUUUAUUCCAAGUUUAAAGUUACAAAAAGAAAAAGGAACAAUACAAAAUACAAAAAAGAAUAUAGCAAUAACAGAGAGAGAAGAGAAAAAAAAGAGAGAGAGAAAAAAAGAAGGUAUAAAAAUACAUUCAAUUGAAAUAGAACAAGAACAGAUUAAACCUUUACAUAACUUUUUUCCUUUCCUUAUUUCCUUGACCUCCUCUCACCUCCCAAUUUUGUAUUCUAGUUCAGAUCGUUUUUCAGCAAAUCCUUCCAACCUUAUUUUCAUUUACGUAGUUUAAUUUAAAGUAUUAUAAUUUAACAUCCUCUCUUUCAUCAGUUUCAUCAACUCAUUUUUGCUUAAUCCUUUAUAUCAUAUCUACCAAAACUACCUAAUUUUCUUUUUCCAACAUCUUUCUAAUAGUCUUUAAUAUUACAAUAUUUUUGAAGAUAUACUUUAAAUUUUUUCCAAUCUUCUUCCACCGACUCUUCUCCUUGGUCCCGGAUUCUGCCAGUCAUCUCAGCCAAUUCCAUAUAGUCCAUCACUUUCGUCUGCCAUUCUUCUCGGGUGGGUAAUUCUUGUGUCUUCCAAUACUUUCCGAUGAGUAUUCUUGCUGCUGUUGUGGCAUACAUAAAAAAGGUUCUAUCCUCCCUUCGCACCAAUUGGCCGACCAUGCCCAGAAGGAAGGCCUCUGGUUUCUUCUGGAAGGUAUAUUUAAAUACCUUUUUCAUUUCAUUAUAAAUCAUCUCCCAGAAGGCCUUAAUCCUUGGGCAUGUCCACCAAAGGUGAAAGAAUGUGCCCUCAAUCGCUUUACAUUUCCAACAUUUAUUAUCGGGCAAAUGAUAAAUUUUUGCCAGCUUUUUCCUCUGUUGAUCUCAGGGCAGUUCAAUAAAAAAAGAAAAACACAAAAUGCACGAUAAAAACAAGGACAGGAAACACAAGCCAACAAACCUCCCACAAACGUGUUUUAAAAAGGGUAUCAUAUGUUAACCAGCCCAAGGCCUCGUUGAAGAGGGAAUGUUUUUGCCUGGUGCCCAAAGGUGUAUAAUGAAGGCGCCAGGCGAGCCUCGCUGAGAGGAGCAUCCCACGAACAGGGAGCCACCACCGAAAAGGCCUGUUGUCGUGUUGCCACCCUCCUGUGAAAGAGGCACACAAAGAUGGGCCGUGGGUGCGGAUCUCAGGGUCCGGGUCGGUUCGUAGGUCCUUGAGUUAUUGGGGUAGUUCCCUUGGGGAGGGCACGAGGCUCUUCAUCUCAGGGCUGCAGGUUCGAGUCCCAUGCUGGGCAAAACGAUUCCCGGGUUGCGCUAGAUGACCCUCGGGGGUCCCUUCCAACUCUGCGAUUCCAUUUUAAAGCUCCGCAGGCACAAAACCAGCACUUUGGGACGCUCUUGUUUCUACAACUAAUCCAGAAAGCGGCAGCUAGACUGGUGACUGGGAUUGGCCACCGAGACCAUUUAACACCGGUCUUGAAAGACCUACACUGGCUCCCAGUAUGUUUCCGAGCACAAUUCAAAGUGUUGGUGCUGACCUUGAAAGCCCAAAACGGCCUCAAAGGCCCAGUAGACCUGAAGGAGCGUCUCCACCUCCAUCGUCCAGCCCGGACACCUGGGUCCCUCCCAAGGGCCUUCUGGCGGUUCCUCCUGCGAGGCCAAGUUUCAGGGAAACAGGCAGAGGGCGCCCGCCCUGUGGAAUGCACUCCCAACAGAUGUCAAAGAGAAAAAUAACUACCAAACUUUUAGAAGACAUCUGAAGGCAGCCCUGUUUAGGGAAGCCUUUAAUGUUUAAUAGGUUAUUGUAUUUUAGUGUUUCGUUGGAAGCCGCCCAGAGUGGCUGGGGAAACCCAGCCAGAUGGGUGGGGUACGAAUAUUAUUAUUCUGAAUAUUAUUAUUAUUAUCUUGGCAGGUUUCGGCUGGGCCUUGGUCUUCACGCCCUCCCUGGCGUCGGUCGCCCGGUACUUCAAGCGCCGCCGGACGCUGGCCACCAGCCUGGCCUUGACGGGCGUGGGCCUCUCGUCCUUCGCCUUCUCGCCGCUCUUCCAGUUCCUGGUGGACACCUACGCCUGGCGAGGGGCCCUCCUCAUCGUGGCGGGCAUGUCCUUCAACCUGGUGGUCUGUGGGGCCCUCAUCCGCCCCAUCACCCUCAAGGAAGACCUGCCCGGUCCGGCGGGCCGCGGCGCGAGAGGGACGUGCUGGGCGCGAUUCUCCUCCCUCUUCGGCCUCCACCUCCUCGGCCACUUUGCCUUCAUGAGGUUCGUCCUGGCCGUCACCCUGGUCAACACGGGCUACUUCGUCCCCUACGUCCACCUGGUGGCCCGCGCCAGGGAACUGGGCUUUGAUGAGUACCAGGCAGCCUUCCUCAUGUCGCUGGCGGCCGUGGCCGACCUGUUUGGCCGCCUCUUCUCCGGCUGGCUGGCCAACUGCCGCGGCUGCCGCCUGGCCCGCAUCCUGGUGGCCUGGACCUUCCUGACCGGCGUGGCCUUGGUGGCCGUCCCGUGGGGCCGCGACUACCCGCUUCUGGUGGCCAUUAGCCUCUGCUACGGGUUCUGCUCGGGGGCCCUGACGCCCGUCGUCUUCUCCAUUAUCCCAGAGAUCGUGGGCAUCGCCAACAUCUUCAGCUCCAUGGGGCUACUGCAGAUGAUCGAGAGCAUUGGGGGGGCUGCUGGGGGCGCCCCUUUCUGGUAGGUGGUGCCAUUUAUCACAUUUACUUGCCCACCGCGUAGGCGGUUUGAAUCCCCGCGACGGAGUGAGCUCCCGUUGCUCAGUCCCUGCUCCUGCCCACCUAGCAGUUCGAAAGCACACCAGCGCAAGUAGAUAAAUAAGUACCGCUCUGGCGGGAAGGUAAACGGCGUUUCCGUGCGCUGCUCUGCCACGUGCGCAGUCGGCCAUGACUGGACAUAAUGGUCAGGGGUCCCUUUACCUUUACCUUACCACUGUAAUUAAAAAAAAAGGAUGCAGAAUCGUAGAAUUGUAGCAGUUGGAAGGGACUACGAGGGUCAUCUAGUCCAACCCGCUGCAAUUCAGGAAUCUAUCCAAGAGGCCUGAUCCAGGCAGGGCACCUUUCCAUGUUCCUAGCGCAGCAGCACCCCCUUUCUGAAGUGAGCAUCCGCAAUGGGCAUUCCCGGUGUCUAGCUGUCAACUUUUCCCUUUUCUUGCGAGGAAUCCUAUUCGGAAUAAGGGUAUUUCCCUUUAAAAAAGGGAAGCGUUGACAGCUAUGGCCCAAGGUCUCCCAGUGAGCUUCAUGGCUGAGUGGGGAUUUGAACGCCGGCCUCUCCCAGGUCCUAUUCUGACACUCGCAACCACUGCACAUGGCUCUGAUCCUGGCCUGCAUUUUCCUCCCGUAUUAAUAAUAAAUUUUAUUUAUAUCCCGCCUUCCCCAGCCGGGCUCAGGGUGGCUAACAACAAUAAAACAGUACAGAAGUACAGCACAAACAACACUCUAAAAUCAUUCAUUAUAAAAUUAAUUAAUUCAAGCCACUGGAAGCCAUUGGGCCAGAGCUCCGCGAAGAUUGCUGAGGGAGGGAGUCAGGCUGCGCCCUGGCCAAAGGCCUGGUGGAACAGCUCUGUCUUGCAGGCCCUGCGGAAAGAUGUCAAGUCCCGCAGGGCCCUGGUCUCUUGGGACAGAGUGUUCCGCCAGAUCGGGGCCACAGCCGAAAAGCCCUGGCUCUAGUUGAGGCCAGCCUAACUUCUCUGUGGCCUGGGACCUUCAAGAUGUUUUUAUUUGAAGACCGUAAGUUUCUCUGUGGGGCAUACCAGGAGAGGCGGUCCCGUAGGUACGAGGGUCCUAGGCCGUAUAGGGCUUUAAAGGUUAAAACCAGCACCUUAAACCUGAUCCUGUACUCCACCGGGAGCCAGUGCAGCUGGUAUAGCACCGGGUGAAUGUGAUCUCGCAGCGAGGACCCCGUAAGGAGUCUUGCUGCAGCAUUCUGCACCCGCUGGAGUUUCUGGGUCAGUCUCAAGGGCAGCCCCACGUAGAGCGAGUUACAAUAAUCCAGUCUGGAGGUGACCGUCGCGUGGAUCACAGUGGCUAGGUCAGGGCGAGAGAGGUAAGGAGCCAACUGCUUAGCUUGGCGGAGAUGGAAAAAUGCCGCCUUUGUUGUAGCUGCAAUCUGCGCCUCCAUGGAAAGGGAGGUGUCGAAGAUUACACCCAAACUCUUAACGGACGGUGCUGGCACUAAUUGCGCCCCCGCAAGAGAUGGGAGUUGCCCCCCCCCAAUCCCAUAUCGUCCCGUCCCAGCCACAGGACCUCUGUCUUCGAAGGAUUUAGCUUCAACCAGCUCCCACGUAACCAUCCAGCCACAGCUUCCAAACAUCUGGUCAGUGUGUCUGGGGCCGAGUCAGGAUGGCCAUCCAUCAACAGAUAGAGUUGGGUGUCAUCAGCAUACUGAUGGCAACCCAGCCCAAAACUCCGGACAAGCUGGGCGAGGGGGCGCAUAAAGAUGUUGAAAAGCAUCGGGGAGAGUAUCGCACCCUGAGGUACUCCACACACCAAGGAGUGGCGCGAUGACAAUUCCCCCCCAAGCGCCACCCUCUGUCCCCGACCAGAGAGAAACGAGCGCAGCCAUUGAAGGACUGUGCCCUGGAUCCCCACGUCGGCAAGGCGGUGGUCCAGAAGUUCGUGAUCGACCAUGUCGAAAGCUGCUGACAGAUCUAGAAGAAUCAGCAGCCCCGACCCACCUCGAUCCAGCUGUCUACGAAGAUCAUCUGUUAGGGCGACCAGAGCCGUCUCGGUCCGGAAGCCGGACUGGAAUGGAUCCAGAGCCGAUGUUUCAUCCAGAAACCCACCAAGCUGUUCAGCAACCGCUCUCUCAAUCACCUUACCCAGGAACGGAAGAUUCGAAACCGGGCGGUAAUUGGAUAGAUCUAAAGGAUCUAAUGAUGUUUUCUUUAAGAGCGGGCGCACCACUGCCUCCUUCAGUUCCCCUGGGAAUGUCCCCGUGCCAAGGGACAAAUUGAUAAUAUCCCUAGGAGGGCCCGCACCUCGUCUGGACACGCUCUAAUCAGCCAAGACGGGCACGGGUCGAGAGGACAGGUGGUGGGCUUUCCAGCUCGGAGGAGUCUGUCCACAUCGGCUGGGGAUAUCCGGUUGAAGUGGUCCAAUACUGGACCCGAGGACAGUCGAGGGGCCUCCAGUUCCUUUAUUGUAUCCAAAUUGGCAGGGAGGUCAUGGCGGAGCAACAAGACCUUCUCCGCCAACACGCUCGCACAUGCCACACCGCUGUGUGUCAAAUUGUUAUUUAAAUUUGGCUGUCCCUCAAGGGACGUUAAAGACCUGAUUAUACUAAAUAAUUGCGCCGGGCGAGAGCUAGCGGAUGCAAUGGAGGCCGAGAAGUAAGACUUCUUAGCAGCCUUCACCGCCAUCUCGUAGGUUUUCAUAAAAGCCCUAUAAGAUGUUCUUGAGGCUCCGUCACGGGCACCCCGCCAUACUCGCUCUAGCCGUCUGAGGUCCCGCUUCAUUUUCCGGAGCUCCUCGGUAAACCAGGGAGCCCGGUUUCUGCGGGGUCGCAGAGGGCGCUUAGGUGCGAUCUCAUCGAUGGCUGCCAGGAGCUGGAUAUUCCAGCCCUCAACAAGCUCAGUCAAUGAGUCACCAGGGGGAGCAAGGUCCCGCAAGGCUUGGCGGAAUCUAUCAGGGUCCAUCAGCCUCUGUGGGCGAGCCCAAAUCGGCUCGCCACCUAAGCAGGGUGGGGGUGGAAAGUCAAUCCUGGCUUUCAGAGCGUAGUGAUCAGACCAUGGCACCUUCAUCGAAGGAGACAUGAUCACAUCUAUACCUACGCCAAAGAUCAAAUCCAGCGUGUGGCCUGCUUGAUGUGUGGGGCCCGAAACAAACUGGGAGAGCCCUAGUGUCGCCAUGGAAGACACCAGGUCCAGAGCCUGUGAGGAGGGAGUGGCAUCAGCAUGGAUGUUGAAGUCCCCCAAUACCAAUAGGUUAGGGAACUCCAAGGCCCAGCCGGCCACCGCCUCCAGCAGGCCUGACAGGGUGGCUGCUGGUGCGCUAGGUGGCCGGUACACCAGCCAGACAGCCAAGCUCUCCUCGGAGCCCCACACUAGGCCAACACAUUCAAUGCCGGGGAUCGAUGGCGAUGGUAGAGCCCUGAAAGGACAAUCUUCCCGGAUUAAUAAUGCCACCCCUCCCCCCCGGCCCACAGUCUGCGACUGGUGGAGGACAGAGAAACCCGGGGGCGCCAUCUCUCGUAAGGUCACUGUUGCCCCAUCGCGCACCCAGGUCUCCGUCACACAAGCCAGGUCGACCCCCUGCGAGAUAAAGAAAUCUCGCAGGGUGGCGGUUUUGUUGCCUAUAGACCUGGCAUUGCACAGCACCAGUGACGGAGGUGAGUAAUCCUUGCUCACCCUACCCUCGUCCCUCGGGAUGAGGCGCAGAUUGGAAGGGGUACGAGCAUAUCCAUAUCUCGAUCCCCUUCGCCUAUAACAUCUGCCCCCACCGCCAUACCUCCCUCGCCCCUCCACGGUAGCAAUCCCAAGCCUCAUAGUAGCCUCCAUUGAUGGCAAUUAAUGUUAUUCUUUCGCAGCCUAAAACAAUAAAACCUUAAAACAAUAAAAACAAAAAACAAAAACAACCCAGAGAACAAUAAAACAAUACAAAUAAAAAUCGCAAAAAUUACAAAUUCAUCAAAAGCUAACAAAUUCCCAAGCCCACCCAAACAUCCAUCCCACCCCCAUAUAUAAAAAUCUAAAGGGAAAGGGAGAUUUUAAAACAUGUUAAACUGGCACAUGUUAAACUGUUCUGGCACAUAAAUGAGCCUUUUAAGGUAAAGGUAAAGGGACCCCUGACCAUUAGGUCCAGUCGUGGCUGACUCUGGGGUUGUGGCGCUCAUCUCGCCCUAUAGGCCGAGGAAGCCGGCGUACAGCUUCCAGUCAUGUGGCCAGCAUGACUAAGCCGCUUCUGGCGAACCAGAGCAGCGCACGGAAACGGCGUUUACCUUCCCACCGAAGCGGUACCUAUUUAUCUACUUGCACUUUGACGUGCUUUCGAACUGCUAGGUUGGCAGGAGCAGGGACCGAGCCACAGCAGCUCACCCCAUCGCAGGGAUUCGAACCGCCGACCUUCUGAUCGGCAAGUCCUAGGCUCUGUGGUUUAACCCACAGCGCCACCCGCGUCCCUUAAAUGAGCCUUUUAGCUCCUCACAAAUAUUUGGUUCCAUGCCGGGCCGUUAUAUAAAGCAGGUUUGCAGCUUCCGGAAUUGGAACUGGGUUAAGAGGUGUGUGUGGCUGAACAUGUUCCAAAUAAAUUUUUGUCUCCGCAGGGAGGCGAAGCGGGUUUCCUACGCAGUUGCGUUUGGUUCCCAGCUCAAGGAGCGAGAUAGGAACACAGGAAUGGCCCUCUGUCAGGGGGUCCGCUUACCUCAGUGGGGCCUGUGCCAGCAGGUAGCCAACACGGUUCCAUCCAGGUGCCGUCGUACUACAACUCCCAUCAUCCACGAGAAAUCAGCUCAGCUGACUCAGGAUGAUGGGAGCUGUAGUCCAACAACGUCUAGGUGGGGGGCACCGGGGCUGAAGAACUUUGUAAUAGAGCAGCCUUUCCCAAACUUGAGUCCCCAGAUGUCAUUGGACUACAGCUCCCAUCAUCCUUGACCGCUGGUCAUGCUGGCGAGGAAUGAUGGGAGUUGUAGUCCAACAACAUCUGGGGACCCACAGGUUGAGAAACACUGCUCUAAACAGCCCUUUCUGGGCAAAGUGAUGGCACUGCCAGUUAUUAUGUUCUAGGUGUGUCUUGAGGCUUAUGUUCUAGGUGUGUCUUGAGGGUUAUGUUCUAGACCGCCCUUCCCCAAUCUCCUACCCUUCAGGUGUUUGGGACCUCAUCUCUUCCCGUCUGUGGCCACUGACCCAGGCUGACAGGAACUACAGUGCAAAACAUCUGGAGGACACUACUGGUCAUGCUGGCUAGGUGUGAUGGGAGUUGUAGUCCAACAACAUCUGGGGAACCACAGGUUGAGAAGCACUGCUCUAAACUACCUCUAAACAGCCCUUUCUGGACAAGGAAGCCAAGUAAAUAAUCUCCCUACCACUGCUAGGUCCACACCUGCAUCAGAAGUGACGGCACUGCCAGUUAUUAUGUUCUAGGUGUGUCUUGAGGGUUAUGUUCUAGACUGCCCUUCCCCAAUCUCAUACCCUUCAGGGGUUUGGGACCUCAUCUCUUCCCGUCUGUGACCACUGGCUGGGGCUGACAGGAACUACAGUGCAAAACAUCUGGAGGGCACUAGGUUGAGACAGACUGUUCUAGGUUGUUCCAGGUCGCUCUUCCUUUCUCUUCCAGGUUGGCUGAGGGACGCAACAGGGGACUACGUUGCUUCUUUCUUAGUGGCCGGGUCGUUCAUGUUCGCCGGAAGCCUCGUCCUGAUGACUCUGCCCAACUUCUCCAGCUGCCUUGCCCCGCCGUCUGUGCCAGAACCCAGUGCCAAGAUGGAAGCUGGCGAGGGUACUGUCUUGGCAUCAGCAACUCCUGUGGGGGUCCUCUCUCCCCACGACUGCCACCCUUACAAGGUCAUGCCUGAGACAGAGGAGCCGCUGACCAAGAGCUGAUCACCCAAGGCCAGCCUUUCCCAGCCAGGUGUUGCUAGACUACAAUGCCCAUCAUCCUUGACUGUUGGCUAAGCUGGCUGUGGAUGGUGGGAGUUGUAGUCCAACAUCUGUGUGGUGGGCAAAGGUUAAAGAACAAGAAUGGGGAACCUGAGGCCCUCCAUACCUUGCUAUACUACAACUCCCAUCAUCCCUGGCUGUUAACUGUGGAUGAUGGGCGUUGUAGUCCAACAAUACCCAGAGGAGCACAUUGGCUACUCCAGGACUAGAGAGAAUAACCUUGUUGGGACCAGCGUGGGGUGAGAAGGUUUGGGUGGCAUCUUCAAACCAUGCAUUUAAAGCAAAAAGUAAUAAUCCUGGGAGUUGUAGUUUGUUAAGGGCGCUGGGAACUGUAGUUCCAUGUGGUGUGCAGAUGCGUCCUUGAAGAGGAGCUGGUUUUCUUGUUGUGGAAGCUGGUAUUUCCCUUGCCUGUGCCUUAACUAACGCACCACCGUUCCUCUGAGCCGCCCGCAGAGGUUGGACCACGUGCGUGAAAACAGACUCGCUCCAGCAACCGAACGUGGAGGCAGACUUUGGACCGCCGGUUUCCCCAGAGGAAUGCCUUCUGUAAACUUUUACGAAGCUCCUCAUCGAUGCCCAUGCAAGUGACUCAGUACCCCCAGGAAAAGACCCUCGUAGCAUUUGAACAUUCCAGGACGCUCGUAGGGGAGGGACUUCAGUAUCCCAUAACCCGGUCAAUUCGCAGACCUCUGAAAUAGUAAACGCCGACCCCUUAACACCCUCCGUUUGGCUAGCAGAGCCGCCGUCUCUCGUAGCACCCGCCCCUCUCCCUUCACGCAAUCGUGGGGUCAAUUUUGCAACUUUCCGCAAGGGAGGACGGAUCAGAGCGUCCAUUGUAAACUCUGAAAUGUGACUCCUUCCCCACCCGGUUCAAUUUAGGAUUAAAAACGUGACGUUUUGACGGAACUGUUUUCUGCAGUCUGCGGCCGUAUUUGUUCUUAAUUUAUUAAUUUGGUCAUUCCGGCAGUUUGUGAAAAUAAAAUCCACAGCGAAAAUGGCA